CAGAAAGAGCAGGAAAAACACACCGCCUGCGCAAUGGCGUCGCCGUCGUGUGCAUCCACGCUGCCCUGGACCGCCGCCUUCGCACCAUCCUCCUCCUCCGCCUCCGCCGCCUCGCCGCGCGGACUCCAGACGCGCCGGGCGCCGUCGCUGGUCAUCGUUGCCCAGGGCAAGGUCAAGAAGUAUCGCCAGGUCAUACUGAUGGAUGACAUUGAGGAGGUGGGUGGGAAAAAGGGGGACACGAUGAAGGUGCGGGCCGGCUUCUACCGCAACUUCCUCCUCCCCAAGGGGAAAGCUACUCUGCUCACUCCGGACGUCCUCAAGGAAAUGGAACUGGAGCAGGUUAGAAUAGAGGCUGAAAAGAAACGGGUAAAAGAAGAGGCACAGCAACUUGCGCGAGUAUUCGAGACUAUCGGGGCAUUCAAGGUGCCACGUAAAGGUGGAAAAGGAAAGCAGAUCUUCGGGAGUGUCACGUCGCAAGAUCUCGUCGAGAUCAUAAAGUCACAGCUUAACAGGGACGUCGACAAACGCCUGGUGGAGGUUCCGGAGAUCCGCGAGGUCGGGGAGUAUGUCGCCGAGAUCAAGCUCCACCCCGAUGUCACUGCCAAGGUGAGGCUGACUGUGUAUGCCAAGUGAGCCCUGAGG